UAAGCCUGUCGGGAAGAAGGCGGAGUAUUCAGGUGUAUGGUGUGGGAUUGCUGCGGGAUAGGACUUGUUGCCGUUGAUUUGGUUACUUUUUGAGGGUGUGGUGGUUAUUCAUCGGAUUAUAGACAUGGCAGGCAGCGCGGGUGAAUGGUGUUUGAUGGAGAGUGACCCUGGUGUUUUUACAGAGCUCAUCAAAGGGUUUGGUUGUACAGGAGCACAGGUUGAAGAAAUAUGGAGCUUGGAUUCGGAAAAUUUUGAAAAAUUAAAACCAGUUCAUGGAUUGAUCUUCCUAUUUAAGUGGCAGCCAGGUGAAGAACCAGCAGGUUCCAUUGUUCAAGACUCCAGACUUGACACGCUUUUCUUUGCCAAGCAGGUAAUAAAUAAUGCGUGCGCCACCCAAGCCAUAGUUAGUGUACUGCUCAAUUGUAUACACGACGAUAUUCAUUUGGGAGAAACACUUACAGAAUUUAAAGAAUUCUCACAGAGUUUCGAUGCUGCAAUGAAAGGCUUGGCACUGAGCAACUCUGAAGUGAUUCGACAAGUUCACAAUGGAUUCGCCAGGCAGCAAAUGUUUGAAUUUGAUGCCAAAGCAGCAGCAAAAGAGGAGGAUGCCUUUCACUUUGUCAGUUAUGUUCCAGUUAGUGGAAGAUUAUAUGAACUUGAUGGGCUAAGAGAAGGACCUAUUGAUUUAGGUCCAUGCAAUCAAGAUGACUGGAUCAGUGCAGUUCGACCAGUUAUAGAGAAAAGAAUACAGAAGUACAGUGAAGGUGAAAUACGGUUUAACUUGAUGGCUAUUGUAUCUGACAGAAAAAUGAUUUAUGAAAGGAAGAUUGCUGAACUACAAAGACAGCUUUCAGAGGUAGGCUGCAGCAAAGCUAGAACACUGCAUAUGUUAAAAAUGGCAUGGUUCUGCAUUACAAGCAUUGUAUCUUGUCAUUGA